GCCAGAUGUCCUCUCAUAACCACAGCUGGAAUAAAUAGUUGCUUUGGACCAGACAGCAAAGAUCCAGUUCUCCACUGCACAGAACUCAACACAGCUGAAACAGGAUGAUGUGUCUUUCAGGACUUGUUGGCCUUCUGUUGGUGCUGACGACUGAGGCCACAGUUGGAAACUCCUCUUCCUGUAUUGAGACAGAGGAAUGUCUUCUGUUUGAUGUGAUUUGUACGACUGGGGACUUUGAGGUCCGUCACUAUGACUCUGUGAAAUGGGUUUCCACUAAUGAGACUUCCCUCUUAAUGGACAUCGCAGCAAUGAAAGCAUUCUGGCGACUAUUUGACUACAUCAGCGGUAACAACGACAAAGGAAAGAAAAUUGAAAUGACAUCUCCCGUUGUUAUGAGAAUACCUCAGACGGACUUUUUUGAAUAUGGCGUCUUCACAUUGAGUUUCUUGCUGCCAGCUGAGUAUCAGACAGAUAUUCCCCCAAAUCCUACUAAUAAUCUGGUGUACAUCCAUGACACGCCAGACAUGAAUGUAUAUGUGCGGAGCUACAGUGGAUGGAUGACAUGCCUAUCUGACAAAUACACCAAGGGCAGACUGUCCACUGACCUUGACUCAAUAGGUGCAAACUACAAAAAAGACUUCCACUAUGGUGCUGGAUACAACAGUCCAAAGACACUGUUUAACAGACACAAUGAGGUGUGGUUGGUUGCUGAAGGUGAGCCAGUGUGUUCCACCAGUGAUUGAACUCAGAUGUUGAAGAUGGACUUUUGCUUCACCAUUCCUUUUUGCAUGAAAUUAACCUUCUGGUGACAGCCAGGAUUUUUUUUUUUUUUUUAAAUGUAUCUGAACUAAAUGAUAGUUUUAACCAGCUUGCUUGAUGCUUUUCUGUUAACCUUUCUGAGUUUCUUAUGGUAGAGCCAAGUCUUUGAACUGAUCCUAAAAUAUGUUUUGAUCGGACAACUCACGCCUGGAUUUUGCCAAGUGGCUGUUGACCUGAAACCAACAAUUUGCCUAUCAACAUUUGUGAUGUCAUCACUGAAAGCAACACUCAACAAAUGUAGGUCUCAGGACAACAGCCACUUGGCAAAAUUAGGACGACAGACACUCCAGUUUAGACCAGUGCUAUAAGACGAUACCAACAGAUGGCACUAUUAAGCCAUACACUUACUGCCCAGUACUUUUCAGUAAUCUGUGUACAUUUCAUGAAGAUUAACCAUCUGAAAGAAGAGAAUGGUGUCAAGUAUUAGAUGGUAAUCACACUGGUGAAAACAAUAGGGGGGUUAUUGUGUUGAUGUAUGUCGUAAUUCAUUUCUGUUACAUUUUUACAUUAAAACAAAUUUUAAUGA